AUGGUUCAACCUGUGAGAAUUCAAUAUGAUGGUCGAGUUUAUUCAUGCCGAGUCCAUGAUAUGAUUCUUGAUCUUCUUAUAUCCAAGUCAAUUGAAGAAAAUUUUGUUACCUUCUUUGGUGGCCAAAAUCAGAAAUUAGUGCUACAACAUAAGAUUCGUAGACUAUCUCUGUGUUAUUCCCAAGAGCACAUCGCAGUUCCAUCAACAGCGAUCAUUUCUCAUUGCCGGUCGCUCAGUAUAUUUGGGUAUGCUGAACAGAUGCCUCCUCUUUCGAAGUUUAGAGUUCUGCGAGUACUUGAUAUAGAAAAUGGUGAGGACAUGGAAAGCAGUUUUAUUGAACAUGUAAGGACUCUUUGUCAGUUGAAAUAUUUGCGGCUCGAUGUUAGAAGCAUUUCUGCAUUCCCUGAGCAAUUAGGAGAACUACAGCAUUUGCAGACUCUGGAUAUAAGAUGGACAAAGAUACAAAAAUUGCCCAAAAGCAUUGUUCAACUGCAAAAUAUGACAUGUUUGCGUGUCAAUAAUCUUGAAUUACCUGAAGGAAUUGGGAAUCUGCAUGCUCUACAGGAGCUAAGAGAGAUCAAAGUCAAGUGGGACAGUUUGGCAUCUUCUUUGCUGGAACUGGGCAGCCUGACUAAAUUGAGGAUUCUUGGGCUGCGCUGGUGCAUCAUCGAUACACACGGUAACAAAGAAAUUUUUGUGGAGAACUUGGUCUCAUCACUCUGUAAACUGGGUAGACUCAACCUUCGGUCUCUAUGCAUUAAGAGUGACUAUGGUUAUUCCAUUCCUCUAAAAGAAAUGUAUGGUUAUUCCAUAGAUUUCUUGCUGGAUUCUUGGUUCCCAUCCCCUCGUCUCCUCCAGAAAUUUCAGAUGGACGCGUACUAUUUCUUUCCCAGAGUUCCAGUUUGGAUCGCGUCACUUGACAACCUCUCGUACCUAGAUAUCAAUAUUAACCCUGUAGAAGAGGAGGCAUUAGAGAUCCUUGGAGGGUUACCUGCUUUGCUGCUUCUGUGUUUGUCAUCAGAAUCAUCUGCUCAAAAACAAAGACUCGUUAUAAGCAGCAACAUGUUCAUAUGUCUGAAGGAUUUCCGCUUCACCUGCUGGAGCAAUGGCAAAGGACUGAUAUUUGAAGCUGGGGCCAUGCCGAGUCUUGAGAAGCUGGAGGUUCCAUUAGACGCAGGCAAAGAUCUUGAUUUUGGCAUCCAGCACCUCUCUUCCCUUAUGCAUGUUACCGUGAAGAUCAUUUGCGGUGGUGCCACGGUUCGGGAGGUGGAGGCAUCGGAGGAAGCCAUCAGGGGCACAGUUACUCUCCUUCCGAACCACCCCACACUGGAAAUCCGAAUAUGGGGUGAUGAAAAUAUGGUGGAGGAGGACCAAGGGAGGGCUGAAGAGGAGAUCCAGACAAAUCACUGA